CGCGGAAUGCGCUGGCCGACGGGUUUUACCCUGAGAUGACGUCCCCUUGAUACGAAGUAAAAUUCGCCUCCUCCCCGUUGACAGGACUCGCCCCCCAUCCCCCAACUCCUCAGAAGUGAAGUUUUCAGAGAAAUGAUCGUGUUUGUCAGGUUCAAUUCAAGCCAUGGAUUCCCAAUGGAGAUCGAUCCAAAUGCCAACACCUUCCAGCUUAAGGAGGCAGUUGCUAAGAGACAAGGUGUUCCAAUUGACCAGCUACGUGUGAUCUUCGCUGGAAAGGAGCUGAGGAAUGACUUGACACUGCAGAACUGCAAUCUGAUCCAGCAAAGUACUGUUCACGUGGUACAGUGCACGUCUCAACCGACUCAACAAUCAAUGGGCGAUUCAAGCUCUGCAAAUCUUAUGGGAAGGAAUAGAAGAGAAAAAGUCAGCUUAAGUCAAUUAGAUCUCAGCACUUCUAUGGUUCCAAGACUUUCAACAGAUCUCGCUGUUAUUCUGGGGAAUGGAGGCCACAGUAGUAAUAUCCAUUAUGAAAACUCAGGUUCAAGGUGUUACCACAGUUUUUAUGUCUAUUGCAAGACUGUGUGCAAGGCUGUGCAGCCCGGGAAACUAAGAGUACGAUGCAGUACUUGUCAGCAAGGAACAUUGACUUUAACGACAGACCCAACCUGUUGGGAAGAUGUUCUAGAAAAAAAUAGGAUGACUGGUGUAUGCCAAGCAAAAGACUGCGAUGGAACAGUUGCAGAGUUUUAUUUCAAAUGUGGAAACCAUCCAACCUCUGAGAGUGACACUUCAGUGAUUUUGAACUUAAUUACUCCCAACAGGCAAAAUGUCCCCUGUAUAACCUGUACUGACACUGUGGAUCCAGUGUUGGUAUUUCCUUGUGUGGAAAGACAUGCCAUAUGCUUGGAUUGCUUCCACCUAUACUGUGUAACACGGCUGAAUGACCGGCAAUUUAUCCAUGACCCAGAACAUGGAUAUUCUCUCCCCUGUGUUGCUGGCUGUCAAGAUUCACUUAUUAAAGAAGUGCAUCACUUCAGAAUACUUGGAAGUGACCAGUAUGAUCGUUAUCAGCACUAUGGAGCAGAGGAAUGUGUGCUGCAUAUGGGUGGAGUACUUUGCCCAAGACCAGGCUGUGGAGCUGGCCUGCUUCCCGAUGGAGGCCUACGCAGAAUAGAAUGUCUGCUGCAGAGUGGACUAGGCUGUGGGUUUGUUUUCUGCCGUGAGUGCAAGGAAGAGUACCACGAGGGGGAGUGCAGCAGGCUCCACGUUACAGCAGCUGCCGUGAGCCAGCAGGAUUAUGUUGUCAAUGAACAAGCUGCCCAGCGAGCUCGCUGGGAAGAGGCUUCUAAACAAGCCAUCAAGGAAACAACUAAACCUUGUCCCAAGUGCCAUGUACCAGUGGAGAAGAAUGGAGGCUGCAUGCACAUGAAGUGUCCCAGGGCUUCUUGCCAGUUUCAGUGGUGCUGGCUGUGUGGACGGGAGUGGAAUCGUGACUGCAUGGGAGACCACUGGUUCGAGUAAGCAGCAUGGCAAGGGAAGAAGCCGAUCGAAGCAUAGGAAUCUGCUUAGAAUUCAUCAGAGGCCAGAGACGGGUGGAAGGUGUGGACUUGAUCGAGCCUUGUCACGUGCCAAUAUUCAACACCACUUUCAUUAUUUGGAUAGAAUUUACAGUACAGAAAUAGUCCAGAGGGCAAAACUAGUACAUGCCUUGUUUGUGCUCCACAUCCCCAGCUCCCCCAACUUCCCUCCCUCACUUCAUGCUUAUCUAUAUUCACUCUAAUAAAGCCCUUGGUAAUUUUAUGGACCUCUAUGAGGUCAUUGCUCAUCAAGCUUACUUGAUCUUUCCUAAUGCUGCAACUCUCAGGUCUGCUGACGUUGUUUUGCUUGCCUGUGGAAAGGGCACCUUUUUCCAGACAACAGAACAAGAAUAUCUCACCACACAAAUAAAGACAAGAUUUGGUUAAGUGUGCAAAACUGCCAGCACACUUUGACAGUCACAGCAAGGACUUCAUGAGGUAGUGUCUUUUUAAACCAGACUUAUUCUAUAUUCUGUAUCUAAGUAAAAGUUAAAUGCAUCCUACCAAACUUUGAGGGUAAGCUGGUUGCCUCUUGGCUAGAAUUCAUUGUACCAAGCAAACUUUAGCAUUUUCAGGAAAACCAAUCUGUCUCACACAUGCACAAAUGCUUGCACAUCUAAACAAGAUAUUCGGCCUCCCCUGAUUCACAAACUGCAGUUGUGUUUAUGCAAUUAUGUGCUGACGUUGACUGUUUCUUCACAUUUGGGCUCCAGUCAUCUACAUUAGUGACCUGGUUUUGAAUUGUCUUUGAACAGAAACAGGUUUCAAUACACGAAAUGGAACUGUAGAGCCAAAACUAAUAAGGCUGUGGGCCCAAAUUAAUUGAUCUCUCCAGAUCAGGAAAUUAAUGUGGGCCAUCGAUCUUCUGGGUUUUUUACCGUCUUGUGUCCUUGUGAAGGAGCUUUGGCCUUUUAUUUCCCAAUUACAUGAUAAAAGUUUUUUACCUCACUACCAUUGUCACUCUGCAGCAAGGUUUGAGAGAAGUUUCCUGAUGCUGCUUCUAAAAUUUACUGAGGUGUCCCAUUUUUAAUUUAUGUUGGUGCAUUCUGAGUAGUUAUAUAUCAAAAUAGUGCUGUCAGUCGGCAGUUGAAGUGGGUUUGCUCUUGACUACACGGCGUCAACAAAAAGUCUGCGAACUAAAUAUAAACAAUGGAAUAUUUUCAUCCAGCCCACACAGAUGUUUCCAAUGCUUAGCGGUGACCUGUGUAAAACAGUAUGGUUACAGGAUGAAAGGAAGCCACUCAGCCCAUUGAGUCCAUACCAGCCCUAUACAAGAGCUUUCCAGCUGCUCUCACUCCCCCACACUCUCCCCAAAACACUGCAAAUUCUUUCCUUUCAGUUUUGUGCCAAUCACCUUCACACUUUGUCCCCUGAUUCUUGCCCUCUCUGCCAAAGGGGAUAGCUCUCUCUACCUACUCUGUCUAUGCCCUUCAUGAUUUUAAAAGCCUCUUUGAUCCAAAGACAACAACCCCAGCUUCUCCAGUCUAUCCACAUAAGUAAAACCCGUUAUCCCUGAAAUUAUUUUGGAAAACCUCUUCUGCAUGCUCUCCAAAACUUACGCAUCUGCUUCCCAUAUGCUUCUUUAACCACUUUCUCAGUCUGCCAUGUCACUUGCAGUGAUUUAUGCACAUAUAUCCCCUCUCUAUUCCUGCACUCUUUACAUAACUGUGCCCUCUAGUUUAUAUUGCAUUGCUCUGGCGGUGUGGCCUGUGCCCCUUAGUGCUGGUGCACCCUGCGAUGUGGCAACUCUGUGGAGGUGUGAGUGCCCCCAGUGACCCGUGUCUGUGGGUGUGGGGUGAGCUAACUCCUGGGUAGCUCCUCCAUCUGUUCAUGGAGCCACUGGUACCUGUGCGAUGGUGGGGGGCAGGGACAGAGCUGUUCUGGCUUUUACAUUGUAAGCUUCAUGCAGUCACACCAGACUGGGUAUCAGCUUAACCCCAAUAACAAUGAACUUCACAAGGAGCCUCAGGCUUGGCGCUCCUGUUUCUCCUGUUGGCUACCUGUUCACCCUCUCUCGCUCUUCCAUCAGCGGCCAUGGGAAUAGCUGGACCAUGGGAUUUGUGGGCAGGGAGAAACUGUUUUCCUAAAUUAUUUUUGAGCAGCUAUUUCUGAUAAAUCUAAUUUAAAUUUUAAAAAAUUAUUUUGCCUCUGCCUCCAAUUCACAAGUUAAAACAAUCCCAUCCAACAUUAGUGCCAUCACUACAAAAGGAAAUCUAGCUGUUUGCAAAAACAAAAUUAAUUGCUUUAUAAGUUGUACCAGUGGUUAAUUCUGAUCUCACCAUCACAAACUGUGCAGUUGCUAACACUUUGGAAUCAUUGCAGACAAAUUGUCAGAAUAGCAAUAUAAAUCAUGAAACUAAUUUUGUUUUUCAGUGGAAGCACAGAGAACAGAAGCAGGGCCAUUUGGUCCUUUGAGCUGCUGCACCAUUCAGUACGAGCAUGGCUGUUCCUCAGUACUGUAUUUCUGUUCUUUCCUAAUAUCCCUCGAUGCCUCUUGUGUCUAGAAAUCUAUCCAUGUCCUUUUUUAACAUGUUCAACAAUUUGGCCUUCGCCGCCUUCUUUUGUGGAGAAUUCCAGAGGUCCACUACCCUCUAAGUGAAGAAACCUCUCCUCAUCUCAGUCUUAAAUAUCUUGCUCUUAAUCCUUAGACUCUGACUCCUCAUUCUAGACCCUCCACACUGGGGAAACAAAUAGCCUGUUCAGUCCUAUCAGAAUUUGUACAUUUCAAUGAUAUCCCCUCUCAUUCUUCUAAACUCUGGUGAACACAGGCCCCAGUUAACCCAAUUUCUCCUCAUACAGCAGUCUUGCCAUCUCAGGAAUCAGUCUGUUGAACCUCUAUGCCAAGCAUAUCCUUUCUUAGGUAAGGAGAUGAAAACUGUGUACAAUAUUUCAUGUGAGGUCUCACCAAGAUCCUGCAUAACUGAAGCAAAAUAUCAUUGCUCCUGUACUCAAAACCUCUUUCAAUGAUGGCCAACUUACCAUUUGGCUUCUUAACUGCUUGAGAACAUGAGUUGAAAGGCUAGGUAGCUGUGGUUAAAUAGAUAUUUCAAAAACACUAUGAAGAAUAUGCUUGUGCAGAAUAUUAUAAUUUCACUGGAAACUUACAUAAAGUUAUGUUUCCUAAAUUAAGGCAAGCAAGCACCUAAUUAGUAAUUGGACCACCAAACUGCAGGUGCUGGGAAUCCAAAAUAUUGGCAGAAAAGCUCAGCAAGCGAUCAAGCAUCUGUGGAGAAAGAAACAGAGUCAGCAUUUCAGUUCAGUGAAGUUCUGACCUGAAUCAUUGACUCUGUUUCUCUCUUCACAGCUGCUGCCUGACCUGCUGUGUAUUCCAAACAUUUUCUGUUCUGGUUAGCACUUAAUCAAUGUAAGUCUCGCUGAGUAAGUGAAACUGCUUUUAGGUUGAGGCAAUGAGCCGUGAAAAAAACUGAGAAAAAGUAGUAUUGAAGAUCUGCAUGUUCAAACCCAUGGAACUGAGGACCUAGGCACACUUAAAUAAUAGAGGUGAGCUGUCAGCACCCGCAGCUCAUCCAUGUCAGAGAGGAUUUGACCGUGCUGUAUCAUUGGGCAGAGAAAAUGAAGAAGCAGCCCAGCACUGUGCUGCAGAUUUCCAGGAAGCACCAGCCAGCCAGAGUGGAGCUGAAACUUUGUCGGUGCUUUAACCAAAACAUCAGGUUUUGGUAGCCAUCAUUGUGUGCCUCUUGUUGUCACUCAGUCUGGCUUCAGUCUGCCACCAGAAAGCCAGAACUACUCUGGUCCUCAGAGACCCAUCACAAUACUUCUCACAUUUAAGGAAACAUUAUAUUUCUCAAAUUUCUUAUGUCAUUGAAAGAGGCCAUCCUGCCCAUUGAGCCCAUGCUGGCUCUCAGGCCAGUCCCGAAAACCCAUUCCUCCACUUAUUUCUCCAUCAUCAGCUUCAGACAGACUGGCCCAAUGGGAAUGAGGCCCAGAAAUGCAUACCAAAAUGGGAGGAAUGGCUGUGCAGUGCAUGGAUGAGUGUACUGCUGGCCUGGACAUAUUCUUGGUAUUAUAAAUAGCUACUGUCAUUCAGAGAUAUGCUACGCUAGAAUUAUCUCUGUGAACACACCAUCUCACUAUCUAGCUCAUCACUGGAAUACAUUGAGCACCCGAAGUUACCAUAUUUGCUCUACUUGAUUAAUAUAAACUAAAUUCAUCACAGUAAAUCCUGUCAUUAUAAGUGUAUUACGCUUUUAACUACAUAAUAAGAGUUAAUUACUGCAAACUGACUCUUAAAAUGAAUUAUCACAAGCGUGGAGUCUCAAUCCUUCAGGCAUCAUUUGUUUGAGAUAUUAAAAUGUUUUUUUUUCCUUUCUGUCUCUUUUAUCUCUCUCAUUCACUCUCUCUCUCUUAACCCAGCACAGUGAUGCAGCUAGUAGAAUUGCUUCCUCAUAGCUCCAGCAAGCCAGGUUCAAUCCUGACCUCCAGGGCUCUGUGUGUGGAGUUUGCAUGUUCUAACUGUGACUGCGUGGGUUUCCUCCAGGUGUUCUGGUUUCCUCCCACAUGCCAAGUCAUGCUACUUGUUAGGUAAAUUGGCCACUGUAAAUUGCCCCAAGUACAGGUAGUGUGGUGGGAGAAUCGAGUGGGGGGAGAGGGAAUGGAGUUGUGUGAGAGAGAAUAGGUUAAGAGAAUUGGGUGGGAGAGUGGGAUUGAUGGGAUUAUUCUGCGAGCUGACAUAGACUCAAUGGGCUAAAUGGCCUUCCAAGUCAUGAAAAAAUAUGCAAAAUAUAAUUAAAAUUCUUAAUCCAUCCUUUCUUUUACUCUUUAUUGCUCUUUCAGUAUCUGAUGAAUAUACACUUUCUUUGGGAAACCCCUGGGUCUCCACUCACCCUCUCCAUAGUGACAGGGAUGAAAAGGUGAGAUAGCUAGCAGUGGGAAGAAGGGCAGUAAAGAUGAAGCCAUCUUCACCAUGUCUUGCCACAGCGGAUUGGAUGUAGUUUCACCUGGGCUGUCCCCUUAUUAUUAAGUGCUUGUAAUGCAUUGAGCAUGUUUUUAUUAUUGGUAGACAGUGUCAUUUAUUUCUUACAUGGGUUUCUUAAAUUGGCAUGUUAUUGAACUCGGAUGUUGAUUGA